AUGGGCCUCCUGCUACUGCUCACCUCCUCGCUCCUGUCCAGCUGUAAGAGCACUGAGAUUUUAUGGCCUCUUCACGAGGAGCUCUGUGGAUUUCAAAAUGACUCUCUAACCUGCUGCUUUUACUUUCUUCCCCUCUUCUAAGAUUUCCAUGCAGGAAGAGUGGUGAACGCACAGAGAUGUGAGUAUCAUCUUAGAUAAAUUCAUAUGCAGGAUCAGGGACAAUGCUCUGGAUAUCUACUGCAGGACUGUAUUGGUUGGAUAGCUGGUGAUUAUGGAGCGCCAUUGCUUUACUUUCCAGAGUUACUGUGUGAGAUACUUCCCAAUCAGAAAACACAUGGUUAGUUUGUGGAAACAGUUUGUUAUCAGCGGUUUCUCAUAGUUGGGGUCUGGUGUUGUGGAAACCUGUGAUUGGUUUGGGUUGGGAACACGGCUGUGGACAGAGUCACACGCCUCCUUGUCCUCUGGAGGCAGCAAGUGAUGGAAAUCACGCGUCACUUCAGGUCAGCUGCAGCAGCGCCGUUUAAGAGUCUCCUGAUUGAUUCAUUUUCCUUUGUGCAGUCUGUUGAAUUUUAGCUAUCCAGCACAUUUAAAACCAGCCAAGGUCAACCGAAUUGCUUUUCAAAGUGAAGAGGUACAACAAGGAAACCAAACUACUCAGUACAUCAGGCUUAUGAUAAUAAAAUCUGGUGGUUCUUAUCAGGGAAGGAAGGCCGAAGAAAGGAGAGGGAUUUUCAAGACUGAUUCAGAACAUUUGAGAGUGGAGGCAGAUUUCAUUUGAAGUGCUGAUCUGCUGGCAGCAAUCUGUGUGUUUCAGUCUCACAUGCUACAUGUCCGAAAGAAUAUAAGGGCCACAAGAAGAGAAAAAAAUAAUUACAGGAAGGAGAUUUUUUUUACAUUUCCAUUUCAAGAUUAACGUCGAAAUUUAAAAAGUCAAAAUGAAAUGCCGUACGGCUUAAAUUUGUCAUUGUCAUCCAUGUGCCAAAGCGCAUUGGGUCCUCGGCUUCGGUAAUGCCUGCACCUCAGACACCGAGCUCUAACCCUGCAUCUGUAUCAUUAUCUUUGGCACAGUCUUUAUUUUUUAGAGUCCAAAUACUUAUGACCAAACUGUGUUUUGCCAAGGAACCAAAAAAAAAAAAAGGGAACCAAAGAGCAAGGAUUUCCUUCUUACUAAACCCAAUUCUAAAGUACAGCUUUAUGAACUCUUUUACAGAGGACCUGAUGUCGAGUGAAGAGUAACAAUGCUGUUGAUUAAUUAUCACUAAUCUUAACAUUACGAAUGUAUUCAUGAAAUUUCGUCUUUAUUUGCCUCGACUUUGAUCUCAUAAUUUCAAUUUGAUUCACGAAAUUUCGGUUUUAUUCAUGUCAACAUUAACCUUGAAAUUUUGACUUUAUUUGACGUUAUUGACAUAAUGUUGACGUUAUUGACAUAAUUUUGAGUUUUUAAUCUCGAAAUUUCGACUUUAAUCUCGUUCCUAUAAUUAUUUUCUCUUCUCUUUAUGUGGCCCUAAUCCCUCUUUCGUACAUAUGAAACUUAGAUUUCUAGUUGGCAAGAGAAGAAAAAGACCUGAUUUGAUAGUAAACUGUCCUUGUUAUGCAUGGCAGAACUGUAUAACUCACCUGGGUGUGGAAGGGAAAGUCUGUCAAAGUCAUCAAGACUUUUGUUAAAUUGUUACACGAGUCGUCACCUAGUUAUAAGCCUACUAGAUUUUAAAUAACUGGAACAGAGAGGAAAAUAAAGAAGGAACAUGUUAAUGUAAUGAAGUGUAAUAUGAAAAUGCCAAAGUUAAAAAAAAAAAAGUUUAAAACUUAUAUUUGAACCACCACACUGAAUGUAUUGAGUUGCUUCCCAGCAGAGGUUCUUUGUGCACCUGCUGUGACUCACACACACCAUGUUGUCCACAUUUCUCAGUAAGUCUCUGCCCUGCCCGCCUGAUUCUUCUCAGCGUCAGAGCUGCCAGCUCCCGCUGAAUGAUGCUGGGUGUGGGCCAGAUCCAGCAGGCUCUGAUGUGCUGAAAGAUCCCCCAAGUGGCCUGUUUGUCUCACAAAGUGCUUUUCCUGCCCUUUUUUCCUUGUUCCGCGGGUUUGUUUACUGCCCCACAACAACACAACACCUUGCGUCACAGCAGCAGUCUGCUGUUUCUCACACUCCAACAUGCAGGAGGUUUGUUGAAGGGACUUGUGCAGAAUCUUCUUAUCCCUCUGUCUACAGCAAAGAAAUGAAGAUUUUAAAAAAAAUUUUCCUGACCUUGAAAAAACUUUUUACAUUGACAACAAUUAUUUUUGUGAAUCAUUUGUCAGAAUUCAUGUACAAGCAGGCCAUCACAUUAGCAUUUAAACUCAGAUGUAUCUCCCCGACGAUCGAGUAUGUGCUGCUAACCUGACCUUCAGUGUCCUUUUUACAUCAUGUCUUAAAUCCUGAGAGGCUUUCCCUUCUGCUUAACAGGGAAAACUUCAUGCUUUGAGGGCCAUGUGAAUAACAACUUUUAGAAAACUUGUAAGAGAGCAAAUGCAGUAAGGAUUCAGGCCAUCUUUGCUGAUUUCUCAUCAUGUCUUUAGAGAACCCAGGUGACAUUUGUCCUUUCUUUCUUUGGCAUUUGUUUCAACAUUAGAUGACAACCACAGAAUUGAACAGUCAUGCAUUUGUUCAUUGUUUCUUGAGUGAGUCAACCACCUAGAAAGGAUGCAGUCACCAGGAUGAUGAAGUUCUUUUGUAACACAUCAGCUUCCUCAGUGUUUGUCAUUGGUUUUAUGAAACUGAAAUUUCACUUACAGAUAUUUAAAGAAUGUAAGCUAAUGACUGGAAGACUGAUUUUAAUCUGUAAAGGAAGUGGAAAAGGAAAUGACAAAUCCUCCUGCGAACAACCAUGUUUGGAUAUGAACUACUUAAAGUAAAGCAGGAACAGUCACACACUUGGUGCAGUUAUGAAAAUUAUGAAAAGGAUAUGCAGAAUAACAGGGAACAGUAUUGUGUGUGUAUUGGAAUUAAGCUCAUUUUUCAGAACAAAUCAAACAUCAAUUGUAAUUUCCCCUCAGUUAUUUAAUGUGACAAGUUUAGUUCUUUCUUUAAACUGAAUUUUAGCACCUGCAUGUUUUAAGGUGUUAUUCAUGUUUUUUAUGACUUUGUUUUUAAUAUGACUUUGUUCUCCAGCAUUCACAAUAAGAGAGGUCACCCUGUCCAUUGAGCCCAGCACUGAUGUAACCCGGGACACUAAUGUGACUCUGAGGUGUCAGGCCAUUGUCAGCAGCUCAGGUCAGGAACCUCUGAGUCGAGAGUACACCAUAUACAAGGAUGGGAGCAUCAUCUACAACAAAAUCUCCAGCAGCUCUGAGGAUCUUCUGUACUUUCUGCCACAGACCAGAGUCUUUAACAGUGGCAAAUAUAAGUGCAAGAUCAACAUCGAUGGCAAACAGGUCAACAGCAGCUCUCAGAAACUCACAGUGACAGGUUGGAUCCUUUAUAUUAAACACUGUGAUUCGAAAUUUUCAGCUUCAUCUCAAAGUUUUCAGAUAAUGGUUUAAUCAGAUGCUUUUGUGCUUUGGUUUUAUUGCCAUCCAGAACACUUACUUGAGAAGAUGUAAAAUGUGGGGUUCUGCGAGUAUGUGGAUGCAUGUAAUGUACCUCAGUUGCAACAAUAAUACCAAUCUUAAGUUGUUGUUCAUAGAUGUAGUUCAAAGGUUAUCAUUACUGUCAGCAUAAGGAGGUAAAAACAUGAACAGCUCAUCAGAUGUGCCACAUGUCCUCCUUGUGGAUUGAUGCGAUAAAUGUGCUGUGCUGUGCUCUGUCUCUUGCUAUGCCUAAGCUAUCUCGAGUUAUUAACCAUUUCAGCCAAUCAGAGUCCAGAAUUUAAUGAUGCCAGUUAGAGUGUAAGAAAGCUGGUUGAUAAACUUUAUGACUACAGUAUCACUUUGAGAUUAGCAGCUGUUGUUGCAUGUGUCUGAGUAGCAGGUCAAAUUUACAUCUUCUUGUUAACUUUGCUUGAUUGUUGAUUCAACCAAAAGUAUAUGGGCGGGCAAACAAUCUUGGAAAUUAAAGCAGUUGAAAAGACUGAGGUGAAAAGAAUAAAACUAAUGGCAACACUAGAUGAGUUUGAAUUGUAUUUAAGUAGGGUUUCGGUUUGGCACAUCAGGCUUCGAAGUAAGCAUUCUGGGUCAAACUCAGCCAUGUCCUUUUUUUUUUUGUUGCUGCAUGUCAUUACCCAGUUUCUCUUACCUGUCUCGUACCUCCUGACACUAUUAAAAAUAUUAAAAUGUGUACAAACAACAUCAACACAAAAAAAAUGAACUUUAAAUCUUAAAUGUUGUCCAUUUUUUGUAGGACCAUUAUAUUUAAAAAAAAAAAAGAAUUAGACAGAAAAAGUGUCAGGGCUGAAGUGCUACAAACGGGAGAGUUUCUGCGACAUUGCUGUAGGAUGGCUCUGUUUUAUCAUUCUGUCUCCUUUCUUGAACAGAUGAAAUCUGAAAAAAAAUUUUCACUCACUUGUUUUUUAGGCCUUUCACAACCUCUUCUCCGCCUUAACAAAGGUGUGGUCAGUGAAGGGGAGGAGAUAACAGCCAAGUGUAGUGCACCUGGUGAGACAGGCUCCAUUUUCUUCUACUUCUAUGAGGACUCUAAAGAGAUCUUGGAGAGGCAGGUCAGCCAUGACCAGGCAGAGGUCAAAUUUCACCUCAGGAACGUGGGCAUUCACAAAAUUCACUGUGAUUACACCGUCCUUGUAACGCCAUACUCCUUUAAGUCUGAGAAAAGCAACAAUGCUACAGUUACAGUCAAAGGUAAGAGACAUGUCAUGCACCUUUGAAAGGAGACAUGCUGUGCACUUUUCACUUGCUCAAGCUUUUGCCUCUUUGCCUUUGUCUUUGUAGAGCUUUCCAUCACACCAGUCUUGGAGAUUUUCCCCUCACACAAAAUCUAUGAAGGGGACCGACUUACGAUCUCGUGCACAAUCACAAACUCCAGGUACAACUUUGAAAAUGUUCAACUGUACCUGAGCCAGGGAGUGAGACUUCUCAGCUCAGGAGACUCCAAAGUCAACCACAGUAUGGUCGCUCUGGCACAAGAUCCAGGAGAGUUUGAGUGCCGUUUAGAAAUAGGGAAUGUAGUGAAAGUGGACAAAAAGAAUGUCUCUGUAACCGGUGAGUGUGUGUCUUUUUCACAAUGAUGCUUCAAGCUUUUAACAUUCAGAAACUUUUCUUCCCCCUUUUGUACAUAUAUCAUGAAUCUAAGGCACAAAUUAUUGAUAAUGUGUGCAGUCAGUGAGUUGGUGUUAAAUGAAUGAAAAUUCCCACUGUUUUUAUCAACUGAUUCAAGGUUAAAAGAAAAGCUUUUUUGACUCCUUUGACUGUCUAUAGCCAUAGUUUCUGAUGUUCUGACUUUGUUUUAUGCAGAACAGAAAAGGGCCAUGAAGUAUAAAGUUACUCUUUAUUCACAAAUUUAUUUUAUAAAGUAUGAUUAAAUGGCCAAAUGCGUUCAUACUGAGAAAUCUAUAUAUUUAUGCUAUAUAAUUCUGGUCUUUAUCAGUGGAGGCAUUUUGCAGUUUUGAGGUUAUUAUUUCAUUUGACACCAUGUGCAUAAUGCUUUUGAUUUGUGAACUGGGCUGUUUGGGGGUUUAUCAGGAAGAAAAAUGCAAUUUAAAAGUGAUGUUAUUAUUUUUUCAUAACAACAGAAAGAAGCAGAAAGCUGCUGCUGCAGCUUCAUUAAAAUUGGCCAGAAAUGACAGAAUAGCACAUAAUUUCAUUUUUAAAAGGGUUUAUUUCAGACCAUAAUAGUGAAAAUGCAAACACUGAGUACCUUAAUUUGUUUAUAUCUCCAUUAUGAAAUGACCCAUAGUAAACUUCUGUGUUUGUUAAUCUCUCCUCAGAGCUGUUUUCAGUGCCCACUCUCACCAUGUCUCCUGCUGAAGUCUUUCAAAGGGACUCAAUGACACUGACCUGCAGGAGUGAGAGAUAUGCCACAGAAAGACUCAGAAAAGAAGAGCUGAUUUACAGUAUUAAUCCACCUGAGAGCUACCUGUUGCAGAAGGACACUGGAGUGUUCAGGGGGAAGGCCCUGCCGUAUGACUUCAACUAUACCUGUACAGCUAAAGCAAAGGGCAUCGACAAAAACAGUACAACACUGACUGUGCGUCCAAAAGGUGAGCUAAUCUGAUGUCUGUUCAAUUGCAAUUUCAACAAAAGACCAGAUUUUAGGGUGUUUUAAAGCUCAUCAUACGUCAGAGAAAUAUGUUUGGAAAUCCACGUGUGAAUCUGCAGCUCCCCUGAUCUGGGUUUAAGUCUGCAUCCUUUUUUACCACACUGUAAAUUGUUGGGAACUGUGUAGACCAGUUUCUGGAGUUUUGCUUAAUUUAUGAUUUCAGCUGCUCAGCAGUUUGGAGUCUUUGUUGUAUUUUUCAUUCCAUAAAUGUUUUUUUUGCACCUGCACUCUUAUACUAAUUGUGAAUCCUUACACUACCAUGGAUGAUGCUGGCUUUUCAACCAUGAGUAGACAACAAGCAGGGUGGUCUCUCCUCCUUUAAGGCCUAAGAAAGCUGUGUCCAUGAUUUCCAAGAAGAAAGCUAAAUUGGACUUCAGGCAAUCUCAAGUGAGCUCAGGCUCAAAGAAGUUGCUGGCAUCUCUGGCUCAAGUGUGUAAAUGAAUUCCACAUUGUAUGAUACCGGUUUAAUUUGCAUUUGUGGGUGCAGAAAUAAACUGUGUUCACAGACUGAUUUUGGAAGUGAUUUUGAGCUCAUGUGGUGAUUCCCACCACAGAGUCGUGUUUAUUUGUGUCAAAGCAGUGCUGCCUAAGAGAUUCAGGAUUAUGGCCACACAGUAUUGGUUUUUUCAAACUUGUCUCUUUUGGACAUAGAUUCUUUGAAUCUUCAAUGUCAUUAUAUACAGUACUGUAAAUGUUGAAACCCUUCAAUUCUUUGCUAUUUCACACUCCGUAGCAUUACUCUAAAACUGGUGUACUCUCUCACAGAGUUCUGUAUCUCUUCCCAUCUUUACUUCUGAAAGACUUAGCUUUACUGAAACACACUUUUUCAGACCCAGACAUGUCACUAACCUGUUGUAAAAGAAUCUUAUUAACAGGAAGAAACAAAUGUAAAUGGAUCCUUGGCUUUCACAGGCCUGUUCAUAUUCCUGUCUAACCUGGCCAGCUGACUCACCUCUUCAUAUGCUCAUCAGUCAUUCUUUCACAAACUAAAGCUGCUGAAGAGUGACAUAAUGGGCUCUAUUUUCGUGUACGCCAGUGAGGCGACGGAGGGUGGCGGACCCCGCACAGUUGUAUUUUCGUCGUACAGCCAGUUUGGUAUUUUUGUGGACUGAGGCGCACGGAGGCGAACUGAGAUCCGCCAAGCUGGGCGUGGUGGCGUGGCAGCGGGAGGUGUCGACAGAAUCAGCGGGCGCAGUGACAUUUUCGUGCUCGCCAGUGGCAUGUAAAGUGCGCUGAAAGCUCGCCGAUUCAAACCUGGUCAGCUUUCAGCGCAGGCGGAGCGCAGCUGGUCUAGUGGCGUAUCAGCAUACGUCACCGAUGCCAUACCGGCAGAUUUCCACAGUGUCAGGCACAUUUCAGUGCAAUAAAUAAUCAUCAACAACUAUUGAUCUGAGUCAGCACAUACAUUUAGAUCUAUAUCGAUAUAUUCUGAUCUAUAUCUGAUCUGAUGAGCGCGUUUGGCACGCGUUUGGACACACAACCUGACCGAAUCAACACAGCUGAAACCGCAUUAAAUUAAAUUAAAUAUCUAGUAAAUAGACACACAUGAUGAAGUUAACUAGAUAUGUAAUUCGUCUCCCUCCUUUUCUUUCUUCCUCUUCCUCUUUUUUUUCGCGCAGCUCGACCUGGACAUGUCUCCGUGUCCUCUCUCCGUCCUGCUGCAGCUGCUGAACAGAUGAUUUGUUUCAGUGCUCAGAUGCGUUAUCUACUUUAAGCCGACAUACGGAUAUUAUAAUAUUCAGUUUUGUGAGUCAAAUUUAUUUUAUAUGCCAACAUCUAUGAAAGAAAGAGCCAGGCCACGGAGCGCGAUGCGUCAUUUACGCACAGAUGGUUCCGAUUUUAAUGCCAUUUUUGGAGUUUAUGUUGUGAUCUGUGCCCUCAACCCACCUUUGUCACGUGAGGUUUGAAUAUAUGCAACUUUAUGUGAGUGUCUUUAUUUGUGUAAAAGGGUGUUUGUCUUACCAGUGGGUCCAACAUUACUCACACCAAAUCCAUCUGUGCUCAUAUGAGAGAGUGUGGAGGACGCCCAAUGCAGCGCUUACAGUGACACUUGUUGAGGAGCUGCCUUCUGUCGCCAUCGUGUGGCAUUACUGUCUUCAGACAUCUAUGAUCUCUUUGACUACUUCACGAAAAUGGUAAUACACCUCACCGGUGGCGGAUUUAAAGGCAAGGAGAGGAGCUUAUGUGAUUGGGGAAAACAGGUCUCUGCUGUGUUAAACCCACUCCAUGCCCUCUCUCCUCCCUCCCUACGACUUACGCAGCUGGGAGGAGCUGAGUUAGGGAGGGGGGAUACUUACGCCGGGCUGCGCCGCUCACCAAAAUACCAAAUUGUGCUUGGGAACGCCUCGUCGGCGCGGCGCCUGUGGCACGUCUCCAGCGAGGCACGAAAAUAGAGCCCAAAGCAAUAAUCUGUAACUCUGCACCGUGCUUCUCUUUCUGAAGCUCAUAAGUGGUCCAGCCUCAAACUGUGACUUAAGCAAUGUAUGUGAUGUGAUUCAGGACCGACUUAAAGUCCCACUCCAAUUGUAUUUUUUUAACUACUUAAAUUGUUAUCAAUGGUCGUUAAAUUGUGAUUAUGAAGUUUUUAGCCAAAAUCACGUUAACUGUGUUAUUUUCAAGGACUUUUCUCCUGCAGAGCUCCAGUAGAUUAUUAGCAAUUCACGUCUGGGUUGUGGGCAGAGACAGCGCUGCUCUGCACACUCCUCUUCAUACUAGCUUGUAGGCUAACAUUGCCAGUGUAGUAGAAGUAGCAGGUAACAUAGGAGAUAUUUAGCUCUUGGACACUAAUGUCUUUAGGGGCACAAGAUCAUAAUUAGCUUUCUUAUAGGCAUUGCAAUCCACUGACGCACAGGCUUGUUCUGUGAUCGUCCUCUCUUUUUCUCCGAGGGUGGCCUGCAUAGUGGGGCUCAGGGGGCGGAGCUUGCAGUUGUGACCUAGGAAAUCUCAUUGUAUCUGAACCUGCUGUUUGGGUCUGCCAGAGAUUUACAGCGAUUUGAGUGCAGAAAUACUCAGAAAUGCAAUUUCGCACUUCUUUUUCUCAUGAUAUAUCCUCUAGCGUCAGAAAAAUGCCAUAUGAACAUGUAGACAACUUGAAAAACAUGAUUUUCAUCGGAGUGGGUCUUUAAUGUCAUUCAUUUUAGCUACCUGUGAAUGCUGCCAGACAGUUGUCAAUCCAAAUUUGGCAACAGUCUGGCAGCAUUUAGCUGUCAUUAGGUGGGGCCUGGAUACACCCUGGUGACAGGAGGACCAUAGUUCAUCACUAAGCUGAUAUUUUAAGACGAUUAACAAUCCUUGCACUCCCUUAUACCUUUAGGUUAUUUGUAACCACUAAUUGAUUGAACAAGCAUGUCCUUAGGCUGUAAAAGGGAACCAGAAAAAAUCCAUUAAUGCAUGGGCAGGGCAUAGAAAGGAUCCUGCCAAGGGAUCAAACCAGGAACCGUCUUGUCGUAAGGCAGGAAUGCUAAUCUCUGUACAACCUCAGUGUGCUAAAUUAUAGUGUUGAUGUCAAAAUAUCACUGUGGUGUGGUGCCACUUAACUGGUUUGAAAUGGAUUUAUUUGUCCUUUUUUCUUCUUCAGUGUCUGUCUCCAUUCCAAGGAUCAGAGUGGAGGGCAGAGCAGUCUUGGGUCGGCCCUUCAUUAUCCGCUGUCAGUCGGACAUUGGCAGCCUGCCCAUAAACUACACUCUAUGGAAGGGUUAUGAUGUAGUGGACUCCUUCAUCGUCAAGUCUCCUUCCGAUAAAGCUGACUUCUCCGUCACCAUCUUCAACCCUGGUGAAAUAAGUCAGUUUAUGUGUCAGGCCACAAACAAACCAGAGGGAUCGCUUCUCGGCAAAAGACUCAACGCUACUGUCAUCGGUAAAUGACAGAUAUGUGUUUUUAUUCUGCCUGAUCAAUAGUGUUCCUUGGCGGUAGAUAAAUCAAUGUAUUGCUCUAUGAAAUACUUUGAUGAACUCCCUAAGCUUUAGACUCUGAUGAAGGCAACUAUGACUACAUUAUAAAACAAUCUGACCUUAGUGUGACUGUAGAUGAUGUUGUUGAUUUUUUUUUUUUGUUAGAAAAAUGGCUUUACUUUAGGUUUUUCAGAAUACAUUUUUACACAAACCUUUAAUAUACUUCAUUAAUUGUGUGAUCUCUCUCAUAUCAACAGUUUGAAAAAGCCUGCUUCAGACAAACAAAAAAAUAACAGAACUUUAUAAGCUUCAAGACUUUGAAGGUUCAACUUCACAAAUAUAAAUAUACAAAUGUUGUUUGAACAGAAAAUAUUCAUCUAAUAUCAGAGCUCUUCUUUUAACAGCCUCCUAAAAAGACAACAGAGUUUAAUUAUUCUGAUAACAACUUGUUUGUUUACCCAACCCCUGAGUCCCAUAAAAUGAUUAUUAUUAUCUUGAAGGAAUGUGUUAUCUUGUUUGCAUAAGUUGUUGUCUUUUGUAAACAGUAUUUUUUUCUUGUUAAACAAAAUUUUCAUCUUGUGGACACAACAUAAAUAUUCAGUUUGCACAAGUUAUAAACUAGUUAACAAAGUUUACCAUCUAUUGUGCACAGCAUAAAUAUCUUGUUUGCUUAACUUAUUAUACUAUUAUACCUGUAAAGGAGCUGAAGUAAACUAACAUGUAAAUAUCACGGGUUCAUCUGAUUUAUCAAAGAAAGGUUUGAAAGUGUCUGCUUUGAAAUGUUUGAGUGUCAGUCUAAUCCUCUAUUUGUAGCAGAAUUUACCUUGCUGUUUCCAGGCUUUGUUGUAAAGUAAGUUAAGCAGUGUUUACAGUCGUAAAUAUCACACGAGCCCUCAGAAGAAAUCACCUAUGUAAUGGGGGUUUUCUCUCAUUUUCGAGCAUACAAAAGAGCUUUAGCCAAUGAUUGUGACAGUAUUAACUUUUCUCACACCUUUUUCUCCCUCAGUGCCUCUGUCAGACCCAACUAUGACUGUCAUCCCCAACGUAGCAGAAAUCUCAGAGGGUGAUGAUCUCAUCCUCAUAUGUAGGGUCGAUGGCACACCACCAGUCCACUUCAAUUGGUACCGGAGAGGCACUGAGCAGCCCCUGUUCAACAGAACCUCCAACAUGACCCACUCAAACCACCAGAUCCCUUCACUGUCCAAAACGGACAGCGGCGCCUACUACUGUGAGGCUGUCAACUAUGCCAACAAUGUUGUUCGCAGUCAGGAGGUUGUCAUAGAGGGUGAGGAAACUGACUGGUGCUCUAUCGGAAGCUAAUCAACUCAAAUAUGGAUUACCAUCUUGUAAACAUACAGUAGAACUAACAUUUAAAAGACUGAGUCUGUUUGGUAGAAGACUUUUUGGUUUAUGCAGAAAGAGAGGUUUUACAUAACCUCAUGAAAUAUCAACCCGUGGCUUUCUGCAUUUUGUUGGACUGGGUUUAUUGAUGGUGUGACAACAAGAUUCUGUUUCUUUCUGCACCACAAUUUAUUCUGGCAGAGAAAAUAUGAGACAGCGACUAUGAAAAUUUAAAAGCUGUCUCCAGCUCCUCCCCAAGUUGCAAUAUCAAAUACAGUAGAUACACAAUAUAUAAGUCAGCUUAACUUGCCAUAAGGUUCAACUGACUGCAGUGACUUUUAAAACAACUUUUUUUCUGUAACUAUGUGGUGAGAGCUGGCUGUGAUUCAACUUGAGUAUUCAAAAGUGUUGUCAUGUUCAAACUCUUCAGAGAUCGAGACGAAAAUUUCCUCCCUGACUGACCUGGAAAAAACAUACUCUUAAAUUAAGUCUGUAAAUAUUACACGGACACAGCCAUUUCUUAUAAUAAUCAGGCAUUUAAUUUGUCUGAGGCUGUCUGGCUCAACUCCCUGCACCAUUAUUUACGAUGGAGUGUGUUUUUUUCUUCUUGCUGUGUUUUCUUUAUCUGAACAAGUUCCUUGAAACAAGCUGGUUACAAAUUGUGAAAUUUGUCACAUUUGUCAUAAAUCGACUGAGUUCUGCAGUUAAAAACUUUUUAAAUUAAAUUUUAAAUUAAAUAUAAGUCCUGAUUUGAGGGUCAGUCUUCUUUGUAGCUUAUUUGGGGGCUUUUGUUAAACUCCACUGAGACAGUAGACAGGGUCAGAAACAGAGAGGGGAGAGUGGGGAAUGAAUUAUUGCAAGAGCACCAACAAAGUCAAACCUCAAUCUGUCAAUUCCAGUGUUGUAGUUGCUGCGUGGAAAGUUAAAGAUUUAACUCAAACAUUCAAACCUGAUGAACCAUUUUUUUUACCUCUGCCAUUCCAUAUAUCCACAUCCUACUCAACUGUCUAGCAUCAUUUUGCUUUGUCCUGCAGAUGUUUGUAUUUGUCACUGACUUAUUCUCCUUUUUGUGUCUCUGUCUUUCCACAGUGCGCAUGGCCUUGUGGAAAAAAGUAACGGCUGGAGCGGUCAGCCUGCUGGGGGGCGUUGUGCUGGUGGUGGUGGUGGUGGUGGUGAUGGUGCUGUGCAGAUCCAAGAAAGGUAGAGAGACCUACAGACCCCCACCAGCUAAGGCCUCUUAUGUCUAACCACAUUCGAAAAACCAAACUUCCUACACCCACUUCCUCCUCCCUUCUUCUUACCUCUCCUCUUUUAUUGUAGGUAAAAGAGAAGCAGCUUCUGAAUUGUCAGUGUGAGUUGGCUUGACUUCUUGCUUCCUCCAUAUGUAGAAAAAUAAUGUAGACUUAAGAAACUGUGGAUUUCACUGAAUUAGCCUGCUUAGAUCGCAGAGGGUCUGUUACGUUUAUGUCAUUCACAGCCUUUAAGGAGCUACACAGGUUAUUUGCACUAUUUGUACAGUUUAACAGAAUGAAAAACUUUAGUACGAGCUUCUGCAGCUGCCAGAAAGGUCCAAUCUCAAAAGGUUACAACAUGCAAAAGCACAGUUAAUUGCAUCUAAGGCUGAUGUCUGUUGUUUUUAUGCAUCACAACCCUUUGACAUUCAGUUGAUUUUGUUUACUUCACUGCUGCCCCAGCUGAUUUUAUUUUCACCAUUUCUCAGAAAGCCUUCGAGCCCUAAAUCAGAUGACUCUUUAACAGUGAAUCUAACCCACGACACAGAGGUUUAUAACGCAGACAAAGGUAGCUCAGUUUUUCUGUAUUAUGUAAUACCAACUGUCUUCAUACAUUGCAGUCAUAACCAUCAUUAAUAUGUGUCAACUCAAAAAUCACAGCAUGUGUCCUUUAGCAGCCACAACAAUCCAUUUCCAUCCCAUCAUCCAUGUUCUAAUAUGCAUGCAGGACUCAUAUGUGAUGACCUGACUAGAUUGAUUCAUAUUGACGCUAUACUCUGAGUUUGUUGAUACCCUGUUUUAGGUGUCUGCUCACACAUUACGUAUGUGUGUGAUCAUAUUGUUUUUCAUUUUAUUUCAUCUUAUUUUUUGCAUGUACAUCAUGUUUGUGUCUAAUUUUGAGCCACAGAGUGCAGGAGAACUUGGAUGCAUUUAGGAAACAGAGUAUGAAUUCGAGUCUUUAAGAAUGAGCUGUGCAACACCAAAGACUGUUUGUAAGACAGACGUAGCCUUUUGUUUUCUGAAUCCUUGUCAAAACUGGAAAUGAAUCAUUGUUGAACAUUUUACCACAGAGAGAGCCAUACUCAGUUGAUUUGCUACCUCAGUAAACAUUUUAGUGGGGAUGUGAUUAGUCUUCCUGACUAUAUAGGGUACAACAGUGAUGGUACUGUUUCACUGUGGUCAUGUCCUCUGAGUGGCAGUAAGCAUAUAGUAGGGAAAGUACUGAGCGGUACCAUUUAUUCGGCCUGAAUGCUUACAAAACACACAAAGAGCUGAGGUGCAAACUUCAAAGCAAAACUAAAAGGAAAGAUGAUUUGUGUUGAUUUUUCAGUCUGAGUUUUCAGGGUUAAGUCGCUGGCUUUCUAUAAACAUAGAAUCACUGUUCUGCUUUACUCAGCAAAGCUAGCAGAUCCCAUAAUAUUCAGAGUUUCAACUUUAAGUAGGCAUAAAGCUGAAGCUUUUUUAGUAAUUACAACAUAACAAAGGUUUCCAUGGGCAGUUUAGGUCCUUAGCUGACAGUGCUUUGUCAUGAAAAAGUAUUUUAUCUCACAGGAGCACAUACUGAAUGCAUGAUAUUAGGGCUGUCAGGGUAUCAGAGUUUUGUAGUUUAGACCCAAAAUAUCAAUGAUAUUACUGGGUUAUAUCAGUUAAAUUGAGGCAAGACAAGGGAGCCUGGUUUCCUCCUUAACUUAGCUCAUGAACACAACUGACUCAGUGUCAUGUUAUCAUCCUCUUCUAGUGAUGUUCAAAGUCAAGUGGAAACUCUUUUCUUUGUUUUCUCUCCCUUUUGUGGCCUGUGGCAACCAGUUAAAAGGACCUCUAUCGCCCCCUACUCUAAACCAGUUAGUAAACAGCACUACCAUUGGCUUAUGUUUGGCACAGCAUUAAUAUUAAAUUUGUUUUAAAAGAUGGUUAUCGUCCAUACCAACGCGCUGUGACAGCAUUGGGUGUGAAUGUACUGUAAAAUCUCCUCUAUUCUACCACCUAUUGUUGUUAGCCGUUUGUCUUUGUUAAAGUCAGCACUUGAAAUUUCUGCAGAUCACCUAUACGGUGAAAGAAGAAUCACAGCUUCUGAGAAAACUGGAUUACAUUUAAACUGGGUCUGUUAAAGGCCAGCUAUUGAGCGGUAAAAUUAUAUAUAUAUAUAUAUGAGGUCAAAUUAACAGAAGGCAACAACAGUUUCUCAGAUGGUGAAAUAAAUUUAAUCCGUACGCCGCCCAGAUUAAAAACCAGGCUUGAGUGAAUAUCAGGACACCAGUCCACCGAUCCUCGUGUCUCUAAUACACAAGAGGGAUCUUUAUCGAGUCCUGCUGCCCUCCAUUUAGGCAGAUAUUUAUCUGUUUUUAUUGUUUCCCUCACCAAAAGCAGUUUCAGGGUAUUUUUUCACUCAGACUGACUGAGUGGGUGUGUCCUAUUGGGAAAGGAACAUCACAGCACACCCUCUGUGGUUUGAUAUUUGUUUUGUAAUGUAUGAUCCCAAAUGACAAUAAACACUGAAUCAGGUUGUGGGUUUUUGUGUUGGUCCACCAAGAAGUGUGUGACUUCACAGUGGCUACGUCCCAUCCUUACACACAGUUUUUGGUGUACAUAGUGAGAAGCUGCUUUAGUAGUCCAGUCAUAGUACAUAGCAUUGAUUGUUAUUUGUUGCACUCUGCUUAGAGAGCCCUUUAUCGUCUUCUUCCAGACGCAGCGCCACUCUAUAAUGGCACGGAGGGGAGAGUGGCCAAUGGGGCGCGAGAUAGCGCCGCGUCGCUUCCCGCUGACAUCAGCAACAGGAGCAGCUACAGUACCCCAGCUACAGUGUAGAGAUGCCCCACAGUGGGCCGGACUUGAAUCCAAUUUUCUAAAUGAGGCCAUGAAAAACUUUGAGAGCACUUAACCCGUCUGUAAUGCAAAAUGACUUUAUGACUUUAACAGUAGAGAAGAGGGGUCAAACAUGGAGAAGUACACACCAGCACCCACUGCUCCCUCUCCCCUCCCUUUGCUAAGUAGGAGGCUUCUGAUUUUUUGCUCAAACACCUCUGUCUUUGUCUUUUGUUUCUUCUUUCAUCAUUUCUAAGAGAAAUUUGCUUCAAAUUUGCUUGGGGACCGAUCCAUAUGUAAAUACAUGUUAUCAUCAUAACAGGAAAUGUAUGUAUAUAUUUUGGUUGAUCCACGGCUUCUGAAAGAGACAUUUGUAGAAUAAAGAUGUUGGAUUUAUUUAGAAAUGUGUCCAUGCCAUUUAUUUUUUCUUGCUAUCAGAGGCUGAAUUCUUUCUCUUAAUAUGUAACAACUGUCUGACUUACAUAUCUUCAUGCCUGCAUUUUUCUUCCAUUACUUUAUAACUUUAUGUUCACAAUCCUUGGCACAGGUCCAUGAAAACCUAACAUAACACAGAGUCGGUUCAUUUCCUAAAAAAAGGAGCACUCGACAGAGACUUCCUUGAACAGCUGGAACAAUAGAGUCUGCAAGAAACUUCCUAAGUUGGCACAAAGCAGGUUCAGGGCUUGGUGUUGAUAAAACUGGUGGCUUGGGAGAGGGUGGGGCUUAUUUUGUUUCAGAGAAGGCUAGUCUGAAUGCAUGCAGCAGUCAGAGGAAAUUAAUCACACAGGCUCUGGUUGGGCUGUGUGUGAGAUUACAUUACCAAGAGGGAAGUUGCAAUAGGAAGUUGUUUUGCCAGAACUUGCUGUGCAGGCCGCUUCUGAAUUAACAGCCCAUUGUGUACAACACAGCGGAAGAUUUCUGUAUGGACCAGACGAGGACGUGAAACCUGCAUCUUUGUUACUGGUUUUAUUUUAAGUGAUAAAUCUCCUGCUGAAGGCCACACCAUAGGAAGAGAGUGUUGCUUGGUUUUCUAUUCUGACUCUUGGUCAGAGAGAACAGUUUAGCUUUUGAGAAACCAUGGUUUUACAACAAUGUUAUUCAUUUUUAAAUGCAAAGACAUACUACUUUCAUACCUGGCAAUUGGGUAAGCCACCAGGUAUGAAUUAAACAGAGAAAAUAGGGGAAUUGGCAACAGGAAAAUUGCUGCAUAUUGUUUCAGAAUCCAACAAGAUAUGCAGUUUAAAUGCUCUCUAAGUUCACUUAUUUUUGAACACAUUCAUAUUUAGAAGAUACACUGAAGUGUAUUUUCCAGAAGUGAUCACGUUCCUCCAUAGACAAUUUCAUACAUGCCUCAUAUUCAUGUCAGAUUUCCAAACAUGUUUCUCUGCAUUCAUACUUCUUUUUAACUUAGAAGGUAUGUCUCUUGACUCUUACUUGGUAAACUAUUUUUACAACUUCAUCAAGGCUGGGUUUUGGCAGCUGCGUUUUAACAUGAAGUCUGUCUCUGUGUUUCUCAGUGAAGGUGGAUAAAGCAGCAGUCAGUGUGUGGAGCAAGCGACCACCUGAAUCAGGUAAUCCCUCUCUGUUCUUGCUGUUAAUGGAAAUGUUUUGCUGUUCUAUUAAAGCAUUGUGCCUGAGAGAGGGAUGCAUAUUCAGCAGACUGAUUCACUCAGCUCUGUUGCGCAGCAACCAAGGUUGAGGGGGUUUUGUGCUCAUGAAUUUAACUUGAUAUUCAGGAGAAGCAGGAAAUCUCAACUGUUCUUUCCAAGGUUGCAUUAAACCUUUUGAUGAGUGACAACUUCAAGAACCAGAAGCAGGAAAUACACUUUAAAUUUAUAUGAAUUAAGAAGCACAAAGUGUUUUAUAAAUUAGAAUAGCUAAAGCCCAAGUAUGACUUAAACUGAAUGUGCACUAGGGCACUAGUUAAACAUGCAUAAAGGUUGUAGUCCUUCAGGCUGGUGGCCUGGGUUCAAGUCCAACCCAUUGCCCUUUGCUGCAUGUCAUCCCUUACUUUCUCUCCCAAUCAUCCACACUAUUUACUGUGCUCUUAUUUAACAAAGUGCAAGGAGGACCCAAAAAUACAUUGGAAAAAAAAAACGAAAUAAAAUUUGCCAUUCUCUGACACCAGUUUGGCCAAACAGUCAAAGCAUAUGCCUUGAUGCCUUGCUGUUUGUCCUCCCCUAAACUGCUCCCCACAUGUCCAAUGUAACUAUCAUAUCUGAUCAAAGCAAAAAGGCCCAAACAGUUAACUAAAAAUAUAUCCUACCCUGCAUCAUUAGUGGAUAAAGUUUGUUCACUUGUCUCACAAAUGUGUUUUUUGUAAGAAUUCAGUUUUAGGAGUCUUUGUAUUUUCACUCUUUGUUCAAGUCUUUGCAGCUGUGUACAUGCAUAAGGAAACUUAAAUUAUUUAGGACAGAUUUAGAUUAGUUUUUCAGAUAACCCAUGUAUAGUCUCAAUCCUUAAACUUUCUCUUUUAGUCACCAAUAAAACUUCAUGCCUAAACCAGGGAAAGCCAAGCUCUAACAUAGCACUUUCCAUUUGUAAUUUGGGCUAAUUUGGAAAUAAUUGGAAGUUUUGAUUGUAAAUAAUCAGGUAUGGAAUCAUAAACAAAUUAAUACAGCAGCUGUAAAACAAUUUACAUCCAGCAAGCACAUGAUGUUUCCAGUUCUUUGUUCUAAGACUAAAAGUUUGUUGUGUUGACUGAUGAUUUAUAGGGAGGGGAGUAAGAGGGAGGACCUUUUCAACACUGGAAAAGGUUACAGAGUCAUCAGUAUCACAUUUGUAACUUUGAAACGAAAAAGGGCAUCUGUGCCGAAGUAUGGAAAGCGUUAGUGUAAAGUGUGCACCAGCUGCAAACUAUGAUAGUCAAGAGUUUUGUAAAUGUGUUUCCAAUAAGAAGAUUUAUAGUGAUUAUUUUGGGAUAGCAGGGCUUUUUUCCCCGCUUUGCACAGAGUUUAACUCUGCUGAUCACUAUUGGAGUCUUUGCUAUAUACAGACACAAACAGUAUUGGGCUGAAUGUGAUAAACCACAUUACAGAUUAAGAAAAGGUCUAAACCAACAAGGUUUUAGGUUUUCUUACACAUCUUCUCACAAUUGCAAGCUUUGUUUUCCAGUUACAUUGUUGUGGAUGGUUACUGAGGCUCUCAAGUUUAAUUUCAAGCCACAUUUCCUAAGGUUUUAAGAGACCAGCACCUGCAUUAAAAAAAGGAAAGGGCAUGGAGGAAGUACAGUAUGUUUAACACAAAAAUAUAUUGAUGUGUCUGCAUGCAGAUGAUGAUGAGGAGAGCAGCAUUGAGUCCAAUGAGCCUGAUGUGGAGUACACUGAAGUGGUGCAUCCACAGCCAGUAGAUCCUGACAGAGGUAAACACCCUAAACACAAGCACACACAUAAAGACAAGCACACAACAUACAAGCUCCCUGUUUCACUUAUCAGGGUCUGAACUCUGACUCAAACCUCCUUACCAAAAACAUAUUUCUCCGCUGUGCCCACAUUCCUUUCAAGUUGAUAAAGGAAAUCCACACUUCCUGGGAGGGGCUUAAUUACACAUAAUUAACACAUCUCAGGGUUACAGGGAUAACUGCAGGGAUUUCCAGAGCUAUGGUCAGUAUAAACAGGAAGGGUUGAGCUAAUUGCCAGGUUGGUUUAUGAUAGCGGCCUGUCUUCUUAUGCUGCUGUGGCCAGAGAUGUCGGUUAGAGUGUGACAGGACCUGCCUAUUUAUAAGUCUGUGUUAAUGAAAGAUCAAACAGACAGUAUCUUUAAACUUUGACCUUUGAUGUUCAGGCAGGCUAAUGUGUUUCUGUCUGCAUUAACAGCCCCGCUGAGAAAAGGCACAGACACAGUGUACAGCGAGCUUCAAAACUCUCCACACAGUGAGUAAAACAGUAAAACAACUUUGGGGAUUAUUUUAUUCUUGUUUGAUAUUUUUCUUAAGAGGCCAACAAAAUACAAACAGAGAGGAGAAUGACAUAUCGCAAAAGUUCACAAUCAACUUUAGACAUUGCAGUUAUGUGGCAUCUGUUAUUAUUUCACAACCAAGAUACUUCCUCUGUUUUUUAACUAAAACCGAAAACAUACAAGAUCUGUAUUGAGUACGUUCUGUAAGCGUUGUGUAUCUGCUCUGUCGAGCGGGGCUGUCUAUUGCACACAGGAUGCGUAUUUGGAGCGUGGCAGCAGCGUAGUGCAGCCCUGAUUAGCUGGGCUUAGUAUAGAAGAAAACAACAUGCUCACAACCAUAGACUGUAUAUAGAAUGGACAGCAUCUGCCUCUUCGCUAGGUGAAGCCACUCCAAGAACAGCACCCUCUGUUGAUGGCCUGCAGUAAAGGUCAUAAAUCCUGCCUCCGCCAGCAAAACUUAGGGGGCUGUGGACAAACUUUAGAAAUUUAUUACACAGAACAUAGAUUUUUUCCCCCCUGCUUGCGAUGUUGACAUGUAGUUACUGUAAGACUGAUUUGUGCUCAAGUACUUUUUUAUCUGUACAGCUCCAUUUUUUAAAGUUAUUAGGGGAGUCAUGUUUUCUAUGAUUGACACUUGAUACAGCCUGUGGGCGUACAAGGAUUGCGUAGCUCACCCGGGGGAUAUGCUGUUUGAGCCGAGCGUCAUCACAGCAACUCUCGGAAACUCUCCCGCCGAAUGCGCACAAUGCUACUGCGCAAGUGGUUAAAUGCGUACAACACUACUGUGCAAUGUUGGUUUCAGGAAAUGGAGAGAAAAUGUGGAAUUAGCUACUGAGAGCUUUUUGUCUUCAAAAUCCGUAAACUGGAAGAAGGCGGAACUAAGUUGUCCAUAGUAAAUACAGUCUAUGGUCACAACAGGUUGUUUUGCCUUUCUGUGGUCUAUUUCCUGCUAAUUUGGGUAUAAUUCAAUGACUGUUGAGCCCUUACUGUAUAUGAAAAAGCAACAUGAUAUUACAGUUUCAGUUUUGGAGGUUUACUCAUGUUUAAUAAAGUAAACUAUGUUCCAUUGUGCUGUUACCUUCAGAGUUAGCAGUUAAAGAUUGUGUUGGGGUCCACAUGGAUCAGGGAUUGACCAUCAAACUGUUCUGUAUUACUUCUCAUCUACACGAACUGAUACACAGUCGGAAUUUAUUUUGAAAUUUAUCGGAUGACAAACGCGGUUUUCGUGCUUGACAAUCUGUCUGGAACAAUCUUCUCUAUGUAGCUUGACGUGUGUUAGAAACGUAGAGCAGAAAAAUAGACUCUGCACGUGUCUUUAGUAGUGCUGCGCUCGACAUGCUUCUGAUACAGAGAUGCGACGGAGCUGAUACGUGUCCUGUGUGCAAUGCAGCAUUGAUUAGAACUGCAACCUAUUUGCUGUGUGAUACGCGACGCUGACGGAACUCACUCAACAUGGAUCCUGUAUGUUUAGGCCUUAUCGGUACAUAGCCUUUUAGGGCCUGGCGGCUCAUUGUCAUGGUUUGGUUUAGUUAGGUUUGUUGCCUGAUUUGGCAUCAUGCUCAAAACCAAAAUUAGUCUCAUAUUUAAAGCCAACAACACAUUUCAAAAAUGCUGGGACAGGCAUGUUUACCACUGUGUUGCAUACAUCACAUCAUCUUUUAACAGCACCCAAUACAUUUUUAAGAACUGAGCAGACCAGUUUCUGAAGUUUUGAAAGUGAAAAUGUUUGCCCAUCCUUGCCUGAUUCAAGGUUUUAGUUGCUCAAUGGUUCAGAUUCUCUUUUGUCCUGAUUUUAACUUCAGGAUGUGCUAAAUGUUUCAAUGGCUGAUAAGUCUAGACAGUAGGCUUGCCAGGUCUGUCUUCUCUGCUACAGAUCUAUGCUGUUGUGAUACAAAAUGCAGUUUGGCAUUGUUUAGCUGAAGUAUGCAAAGUUUUUACUGUAAAAGGAGAACAUCAGGAAAACAACAAACCUUGAUCUUUGCAUUUUAUUCAGCAGAAACAGAGCUUUACUAGGUGUGUAAACAACCCAGUGGCAUGGGCACAUAUGCAUCCCAUCACAAACCAUCACAAAUGCUGAUUUAUGGACUAUCCACUGAUAGCAAGAUGGGUGGCCCUUCUCCUGUGAAGAACAGAGGACACAGAGUCCAUGAUUUCCAAAAGGAAUGUCAAAAUUUGAUUCAUUAGACCACUUCAUAGUUUUACAAUUCAACUCAGCUUUUUCUAAAUGGGCACCAGCCCAGUCAUGGGGUUUCCUGUAUGUAUGGUACAGUAUAAACCUGCGUUUAUGGAUGCAGCAAUGAACUGUGGUUUUUGGCAGUGGUUUUGGGCCCAUGCUGUGAUUUCUACUACAGAGCUACAUAAGUUGUCAGUACUAAUCAUAGUAGCUUUUUAUUUUAUUUCACAAAAAAAAAUAAUAAUAAUUCACAGGUAGUUAAAAUAGACUUUGUAAUGGUUUGUAUGAGUGUUAAUAGGUGACUUUGUCAUAUCUGCCCCGUUUUUACUUGAAGCAGACAGCUGUCUACAGCAAACAAUAAACCCAACACCAGCAAAAAAGGAGGGUGAAAGUUAGACAUUCACUGAUGCGCAGUGUGUCACCCUUAGUGGAUGGUAGUGUCACUCCAUCCAUGUGAUAUUUGGAUUGUUCAGCAUUUAUACGUUUUUCUGAACAUCCCAGUUGGAUGAUUUUAGAUUGAUAUAGUGAGUUUAAGUGGAUGUACCGCCCCCAAGUGGCAAGAAAAUCAAAAAAUCAAAAAUAAAAAAUCUUCAACCUCAUGGUAUCACCUCUGGAUGAGUGUAAGGGAUGAUAUUACAGAUAAAGGGGAAGUUUACUGAGACCAGCUGCAGAUCUGCUACUAUCCUCUUCACUGCUAGCAGGAAGUUCCUGUUAUUAAAACAGCAGCCAGACGCUGGAUGUGUCUAUCAAGUGGUCAAUCAGAGUCCUAAUGUUUCCUGUUCAACAAGAGCUCUGAGCUGUAGAGGGGAGAAUCUGUAAGACUGAGAGGAUAAUCUUUCCAUGAAUCAGAUGACAGGGACAGGAAAUGUUUGACUGAAGGAGAGGCUCCGGAGAAGGAACAAGUGAGUCAGCAGGGUCAGCCACGCUGAUAAAGGUCCAAUAACUGAUGAAUAAUGAUGCAUGUUUGACCUGUGACUCUGCUUUCCUUCAGGUGCUGCCGACCCUCAUGACUAUGUGAGUAAUAACCUGCACAAACACAACCUUGCUCCUCUUUCCUCUUUAGAGAGAAUAAUAUUACCUUCAUACAUUUGUGCCUUGCUAUAUAAAGCUGUAAUUAACAAAUAUAAGUUAAAUUUAUUUGCAUAACAUUAUAGAGUUUGCAUCUGUAUUUGUCUCUGUCUUAAGGCUCUGAAAAAAACUGAGAUUUUGUUUUUUAAAAAGGUAAAAUGUUACUAGAUUAUUCACAAUUUUACAGGAAUUAAGUCAUAGGAGAAUUAACUUGUAAAUUUUACAGGAAAAUGUCAGAGAAUAAAUUUGUAAUUUUAUGUGAAUAAAGUGGUAAUUUUUGGGUAAAGAAGUCAUAAUAACAGGCUUUAUUUAGUUAAAGGGAUAUUCUGGCGUAAAAUUAAUUUAGGGUCAAACACACCACGUUAGACACCCCCUCAAGAGAUGAAUGUUGCCGACUGCCUGCUUCUCUAGUUAUACCAACUUUAGUAAUGACCGCAGGAUAGCAAUACACAGCGGUCUGAGGAGCCAUCAACAAACCUCAACUGAAACACAGCCACAAAUAAUGCUCAGAACAGCACUAACUUCAUCAACAGUACAUAUAGGGUCCCAGCCAUAGCACUAGCUACCAAACAUCUUUUUAGUUUUGCCUAAUUUCUUUAGCAAAGAGACUAAACACAACUCACCCACUCUCUUCCAGCAGCCACUUGUUUGUAGGGAGACCUCGAGCCAGUCCAUUGCGGACUACCGCAGGGUGACGCAGCUCAAGGAAGAACAUUUAUGAUCAUUACUUCAUGGAAACGCAAUCAGACUGUGACGCUAAGGCAGAAGAACUACCACGUCUGCAGUGCAAAAUGAUAAAUAUGGUGAUUAUUACUUCAAGGAAAUGAUAAAGAAAUUAUCAUAAAUGUUCUUCCUUGAGCUGCGUCACCCACAGCAGUCCAUAAUGGACUGGCAUGUCCUUGCUAUAAACAAGCAGCUGCUGGAAGAGAGUGGGUGAGUUGUGUUUAGUCUCUUUGCUAAAGAAAUCAGGCAAAGCUAAAAGGAUGUUUGAUGGCCAGUACUAUGUCUGUGACCCUAUAUGUACUGUUGAUGAAGUUAGGUGCUGUUCUGAGCAUUAUUUUUGGCUAUAGAGUGGCUUUUUGGUUGAGGUUUGUUGAUGGCUUCUCAGACCGCUGCAUAUAGCUAUCCUGCAGUCGUUAUUAAAGAUGGUAUAACAAGAGAAGCAAGCAGUCUGCAACAUUCAUCUCCCGAGGGGGUGUCUGACUCGGAGUUACAGCGUUUUUGCCACUACAUUAAUUCUACGCUCCAAUAUCCCUUUUACGGGGGAAAUCUGCUUCUCAUCUACAAGAAAAUCAGUCACAUGAAUUAAGUCUUGUGAAGUUAUGCCCAACAGAUGAGGACAAACAGCAGUUGCACAUGCUGCCUAUUAGUCGUGCCACUUCAAAACAGGCUCAUCUGGUAAAAGCCAUCUAGAGCCCUGAUGCUUUUGAUGGCGCCGCUCUGCUAAAAGAUCAAAUAUUAUGUUAUUUAUGAAUCCUACAAGAGAGUAUCACUUCACAAGAUCCAUGUUACUCAGAUAUAGCAGGGGCAGCUGCUGCUCUCCUGAUCCUCCUAUAACAGUCUUUGGCUAACUGUAGACCAAAAUAAUGACUUUAUACCGGUAAAGUAAGACGUAAUUCUCAAAAAAGUACCUGUCCCAUCACAAAAAAAGAGAGAAAAAAAAACUGUAAGUGUUUUUUUUGUUUGUUUGUUUUUGUUUGCUGGUCUGUCUAUUUUGUCUAAUUAAAUUCACAUUUUUUAAUGAGUAUUGUUUAAAUAGAGCAGAGUCAUCCUAGUGUCUCUUCACAAAAAGUUGACACAGGCAACCACCACAACACAUCUCUUCACUUGUUAUGUCUUAAAUUUGGUAAAGAGGGUGCAAUAAACACUGCAUGAAUGUCCCUCUUAAAUACUCUUUUACUCAAUUUUUAUUCCAAUUGGUCGUGCCAGACCUUUCUCUAGCACUGGUCUAAAUAAUCCCUUUAUUUAUGACAGGAAGAAAAAGCAUUACAUGUUUUCAUGGCAGCAUUAUAAAUGCUGGAUAUUUGGAUUGAAAAUUACCUAGACCCUCCUGGUUUCUCUGCUUUGGCUGCUCAUGGCUACAGUGACUCUCUGCCGGCAGAUAAUCCAGAGCGAGAGGGAAACUGCUGUCAGAGUUUCCAGAUGAGAACAAAAGCAUUUGGGCUGUGGCUUCCUUCCUUAUCGCUGCUGUGGAUCAGCACUGUGGUUUAGUCAAAUUACCUCCAAACCCAUCUCAGCCCACAUACUGUCCCCCAGCAUGGACUAAUGACGGCACUGUUUGUCCUUACAUGGUUUUUCGAGGCAGGCUGAGCAGAGGAAUGUGAAACAGAAAGCCCAGGAAGUCACAUCAUCUUCCAAAAAACAGACAAUUUUCUCAUCAGGGUGUCUUCUAUGUCUGACAGUUGUCUUAUAACAUUUUGUCUGCUUCCUAAGAAAACUGAUGUUUUACAAAUUGAUGUCAUGGUAAAAAAAAAAAAAAAAAAAAAAAAAAAAGAAGAAGUAAUGUCUUUUGGGAGUGUUUUAUGGAUUUGCUGCAGUAAAAAAUAGGGUUACAGUUAUCAAAGAUUUCAAGAAAAAAGGAAUAAUAGCCUCAAAAAUCUGUUUGAGUUUUUUAACCUGAAGACCAUUUUGAGCAUCAUACAGACUUUUUAAUUCAAAAUUACUUUGGAGCAUGUUACAUUGAGUAUCAGUCUUGAUGAAUCAGGAUGAUAAAUAAACCUGAGGCUGUGACAGAGUUUCAUUUACCUCCUUUGUGUGUCAGUAGGGUUCUGUCGAGUACGCUGAGCUCAACAGUGAACAACCUGACACCAGUCACUUCAGUCCAGAGAUCAACAACUACCAGGAUCUGCCAGAGCCGGUGGAUUAG